AUGUCCGACCCCUCAUCCUCCAAACACUCCGCGAACGCGUCGACGCAAAAACCCACCAAACGCCAGCACCCCAAGAAACACUCUGCCCACUCCCCUUCAACCUCUUCAUCUCCCACUGCCCUCCCAGGCGUCCAAAAGAUCAAAGCUGCUCUCCGUCAGACCCGCCGCCUGCUCGCGAAAGAUUCGCUCGCCGCCGACGUGCGCGUCAAGACAGAGCGUCGGCUCAAGUCGCUCGAGGCCGACCUCGCGAAGGCCGAGCGGGCGCGCGUCGAGCGGAGCCUCGCUGCAAGAUACCACAAGGUCAAGUUCUUCGAGCGGCAAAAGUUGCUGAGGAAGAUUGCACAAGUAAAGCGGCAGCUCAAGGGUGAUGGGGAGGACGGGGAGGGGGAGACGCUGGGGAAGAAGGAGAGGAAGAAGCUUGAAAAGCGAUUGGGGGAGCUGAGGGUGGACUUGAACUACGUGCUGCAUUACCCGAAGACGAAGAAGUACAUCUCGCUGUUCCCGCCGGAGGUGAGGAAGGGGGAGGAGGCAGAGGCGGAGACGGUGGAUGAGAAGGGCAAGGCGGAGACCGAUAGGCAGCGGGAGGAGAUCAGGGCGUGGGUGAGGGAGCAGAUGGAGGGUGGGGCGUUGAGCUCGGAGCCGGAGGUCGAAGUCGGGAAGUCUGAGCGAGGGAGGAGCGCACCGACCGCGGAGCCGUCGCAUCCUACGCCGUCCUCCAGUACGAAGCAGAAAAAGGCGGGAGACUGCGCGUCAAUGACAUGGUCGAAACCUGCGAAAGGGGGAGUUGCGGAUGACGAGUUCUUCGGUGCGGACGAUGAGGAGAAUGAGGACGAGAGCGCAAUUGAAGAGGGCCCUGAGGAAGACAGCGAGAUGGGCGAGGACUGACAGACAUCUUACUAGCGUAGUGCCUUACAUCUUACUAUCCAGAUCUUUGGAUGCCAUCGCCGAAUUGUUUGUUCUCUUCAUUCGACGUGCUGAACUUUCGGCAGAUCGCGUCAUCCUGCGACAAAGUGGGUCCCCUCUUGACGAUCCCUGUGCUGGGUGCGUACAUUCACCAGUUGCAACGCUUCUAUAAGCUCUUCCAGUUUCUUCUCUCCACUGUCGAGCAUGUUCACAACUGCCGAGUAAACCGUAUUCCCCUUCGCAUGAAUAUGUUAACACAGCGGUCCGGCCUCGG